AUGGCCAACAGUGUGGUCACCGAAAUUCAUCAGUACCGUCUUGCUUCAUCAUAUGUUGCCCACUGCUUAGAUCUGUCAGCCGUCAAUGAACACAGCAGCGCCUUUGUAGCAUUUGGCCAGUCCAACUCAACGACAAUCUUCACAUGCCCCCGUCCGGACAGCCUAGGCGAGCUGUGGGACCUGGACACCGGUGAAGAUUUCUCCCCGGCCGCCACCGCGCUCUGUAGGGCGUCCGCCCUACCCUGCCCAAAGGGGUCCUCCGGCACUUCCGGCAAGACCAUCACCCUCGAGGUCGAGUCCUCUGACACCAUUGACAAUGUUAAGGCGAAGAUCCAGGAUAAGGAAGGCAUCCCGCCGGACCAGCAGCAGCGACUGAUCUUCGCCGGCAAGCAGCUGGAGGACGGCCGCACCCUUGCAGAUUACAACAUUCAGAAGGAGUCCACCCUCCACCUGGUGCUCCGCCUCCGUGGUGGCCAGCGAUCUUCCUGCUAG